AGCCUUGUACGGUAGCCUUGUCGUGCAGCAGCUACCGGUACCAUAUGCAGCUCGGAGAAGCCCUUCAAGUUUGAUACGAUACCUACCCGAUCUAUCAAACAUUUCUUCGCCAAACCAACAACUUCAUAAAAUCGAUCAGUCUGUGGAGACCAGUCCACCCCAAGCUCUAUCCAUCAUUAUCAUCACCAUCAAUUGAGUUAUCAUCAUGAGCAUUCGAGUUCCAGGUCAAAUUGUUGUGCGCAGAGACAGCGCCUAUUGGCGAGAAGAUGGAGAAUCGGUCAUUACGGUUUUCGAUGACGACUUCAGCAUCUUCAGUGCCGAUGUCGACGAUUCUCGCUGGGAGCCCAACGAGAAUGUUGUUUCGGAUUCUAUCGUCGAUGACAACAGUCCCAAGUUUCCUCAACGACGACAAAGCGUGGUAUUGGCGGCAGCACCUAUCAUGGAUCUUCCCAGACUGCCACGCCGACGACUGACCAUCAAGUACACCUCUUCCGGCAGCAGCACCGUUGUGGAGGAAGAAAGCGCCAAGAAGAAUGCAUUGCCACCCAUGGCACGAAGAACUCUUCCACUCCGCGCCCGAGGGCUAGCUCCUCCCAAGUUUCCCAGCCGCAAACGCAGCAUGGACAGCUCCCCUCCUCCUUCUCCCAGUCAAGCUGCUUGCGGCAGACAGUACAACCGCAAAUGCAUACCGUCUGCAACGACGACACCCCCCAAACAAAACCAGCAGCUCAACACCAAGUCCGCCAUGGCCGCCUGACUCUUUGGCCGCCAAUCCAAAAAGGGGAUGGAUCACCGAUCAAUCAAUUCAAUCGUUUAUAAUGUAAAUUACAAUACAAUAAACCUACAGAAGAAUCAUUAACCGACUAGACUACGUGCUACAAUGCCUUCAGAUCAAUAGCAGU